ACACACAUAUGUCUGUGUGUUUGUGUGUAAGCUCACCCAGAGUAGGGAGCGUCCAGUGACCAAGCCAUGACUGGCAGCCGCACAGUCACACAGCAGUUUUUUUGCAUUUAGAGUUUGGAUCAUUCACACUUCCUGUUGGAUCAAUACGUUUAUUUGUUGUUGGGGUUUUUUUACCAGACAGAGAAUAAAAUAACUUCUGUCACUGCCUCCUGGAACGCCUGAAACAUGGCACACGUCCAGAGGGUGCAGAAGAAGACCAGCACCAUGUCCCUGACCAUCUCCUCUUCCUCCUCUGCGUCCUCCUCUCGAGAGCUCGCCGCCCACUCCUCCAGCUCCUCCUCUGCCGCCUCCUCCUCCACCUUCGUCGCUCAGAGACACUCCAGCCUGGUGCAGCCGCUGUGUGUCAGCCCUCAGAGGACUCAGAGUCCCAUCUACAAUCAGCAGUACUCGGGGAGUGGAGUGGCCCCUACUUUUGUCAAGUGUCUCCAUGACGUGUCCACGGUGAAGGGUCAGCUGGUGGUCCUGGAGUGCAGACUGAGGGGGACUCCUCCCCUGCAGGUCAUGUGGUACAGAGAGGACGAACAAGUGCUGGACUCGGACGAUUUUAGGAUACUACGCAAGAAGGCCAGCUCUGCAUCAGUGCCAGAGGAGCUGUGUACACUUGUGAUCACAGAGGCCUUUCCCGAAGACUCUGGCAUGUUUAAAUGCGUGGCCUUCAACUCCUUCGGCACGGUAUCCUGCUCAGCAAUCCUGGAAGUUUACAACGAUUUGGAGGAACAGCUGGAGAUCGAGGCCAUUCGCCAGCAGGAAGCGGUUCCUGUCAGAGAGGAGGACAAGGCGAUGUUUGAGCCGGAGAGCAGCGAGGACUUUCCCUCGGAGCUGCCUGACUCCAUGAACCUCCCCCCGCCCGAGUGGCCUGACAGUCCUCUAGAAGAAAACAUCCCCACUGCAGAUUUUCCAGAGCCUCAGGCGGCCAACUACUCAUCUGAAGAGCUCUUUGGUCGCAGCAGGGAGGAGGGACAAAGGUCAACGGUGGUCACUGUCAGAGCCUGUACGCCCAGCCCUCCCCCUCCACCCUCACCAACCCAAGUCAAGGAGGCGACCCAAACGCCCAAGCUGUUCACCCCAAGCAAGAUCAGCUUCUCUUCCUCCCAGUCAGGAGGCAACAACAUGAACCUGUCAGACCUGCCUACCUUCACUGCCAGCGCCUUCCCUCCCAGCGCCUUUAACUAUGAGCGUCCGAGGCAUUUUAUUCAAUCGCAGCCUUCCUUCCAGGCUCCCAGCUAUGAAAGUGUUCUGCGGGAGGCCCAGGAGAACCAAAAUAACCUCAACAGUCCCCAAAAUAGUCCAAUCGUUACGGAGACACAGAGUCAGACUAAAAUGAGUCAGUCUUUUUCUCAGUCUCAGUCGGUGUCCAAGUCCUUGUCGCAGACCCAGUCGCAGUUUCAGUCACUAAGCCUCAGUCAGAACCAAACCCAGUCUGCUGUACCGAUCCCGAUCCAGAUCCAGACCCAGACCCAGGCCAACGGCAUGAGCAAGUCCUCUCCCUCCUCAUCCAGCGUCAGCUCUCCUAUUUCCACCCCGGCCUCUUCUUCUGCAGCGGCACCUCCUCUCUCCUCCACCACCCCCUUGCUCAGUCCCUCUGACUCCACCACCAGCACCUCUUCCCCUUUCCCGGCUCCCUCAUCCUCUCUCCCCCGCACCACCAUGCGUUCCACCAUCACCCUCACCCCCAGCAUCGCCAACGCCACCGGCCUCGGCAGCGCCACCCUGCCAGCGAACCAGGACACCAUGUCAGCACCCGCUGCUUACCUCUGCUCUGUGCUGCCCUCCCAGUCCGCCUUCUCCCCUUUUUCCCCCUCUAAGCUAUCUCCAAACUCCAACUUCCCCCAGCCCUCCAUCUCCCCAUCCCGCUCCCCACUCUCCCCAUCAAGCCCUCUCCUCCCGAUGAGGGCCUCCUCCUCUCCUUCCUCCCAGCCUCGCUCCCCUCUCUCUCCGACCUCCUCCUCUCUCUCUCAGCCCAACACUCCCAACAGUCAGAACAGAAUACCGCCUGCUGUGGUCUCCCUGCCCGCCAACUACAAGGGGACGCCAAACACCCUUCCCAAACCCAUCCUGAAGAAGUCUGUAGCUCCUCGGCCUUCUUCCGCUCGCUCCACAGACGAUGACAUCCAGGGCUCCAAAGACGCCCUCAUCCAGGAUCUGGAGAAGAAGCUGCGCUCGAAGGAGGCCAGGAGGAGAACCAGUCAGAAACUGUCCUAUGAGGAGCGUAUGGCUCGUAGGCUGCUGGGUCCAGACAACGCCACCUACAUGUUUGACCAAGACAAUCUUUCAGACUCACAGAUCGACCAGCCACCAGAGUCACCGGAAGGACGACACACAGGUGGACUAUGGGGGAGGCACCACUCAGGGACAGAUGAGAGGGCAAACGAAGGCUCAGCUAUCCAGGAGAAAUGUUACGCUCCUCGCUUCCUGCAGAUCCCUCCAGACCUCACUGUAGAGGAGGGACGCUUCUGUAGGAUUGACUUCAAGGUCGGAGGCCUCCCGACACCAGACGUCUGCUGGUAUCUGGACGGUAAAGCCAUUCGUCCAGACGACUACCAUAAGAUGCUGGUGUGUGAAAAGGGGAUGCACUCAUUCAUUAUAGAGAUCGUCACAGUGCACCAUGCCGGAGUGUACGAGUGUGUGGCCAGGAACCGAGCAGGAGAGAGCAGAUUUACCAUGAAGCUUGAUGUAUUAGCCCAGGAGGUUCUCCGUCCUCCCACCUUUGUCCAGAAGAUGUUGAACUCCAGAGCUCUAGAGGGCGACACUGUGAGGUUAGAGUGUAAAGUGGACGCUUCUCCUCCUCCACAGCUCUUCUGGAAGAAAGAUAAAGACAUGCUGCGCAUCGACCCACACAGAAUGAGUCUGUAUCAGGAUGGCUCAGGCCGGCAGUGCUUGUUGAUAGAGAGGCUGAUGAAGUCCGACGCCGGUUGGUACACUCUCUCUGCCAUCAACGAAGCUGGCAUGUCCACAUGCAACGCCAGGCUGGAUGUAGGCACUCGCACAGCCGCGCCCAUGAAGACGGCGCCCCCUGGCUCCAAGACACUGAAGCUGCUGUCCUCUCUGAGCCACGUGCCCGCCCUGACCGUGGAGAGCCCGGCUCAGCACACCGCCCCGCUGUACGAGAGCGAAGAGCUGUAGAACCCGCACACACACACACACACACACACACACACACACCCUCCCUCCUCCCACACCUCAGUCACAUUUUCAGAUCUCACACAUGUCCGGAGGGCCGGAGUCAGAUAAUCAUUGUUUGGUACAGAAUACAGAGUAACAGCACUGCAGCAGACGAGGACUCAUGUCAGAGUACUUCUGAGGCCAAGCAAGGCCAGGCCAGGGUUCAUUAAUGGUUGUGUUAUUGCACAAGGCUGAUUAUAGUUUAACUUCAGAUUACUUGAACGAAACAAGUUGUACAUUUUCAAGAUUGCAGAAACUUUGUCUUCACUGGAAAAACUUUAAAUUACUCAAAACAUGUUAAGAAAGAGAAAUGUUUCGAUAGUCAUGUGCCUUCUGAUGGAAAUAACCCCACGUCAUGUUAUCGAUCUGCUGCUCUUGGUGUUUUUCCUGUUCCUGUUCGUCGUCUGAUACCUUUCUGUCUCUUCAUCUGCCCGUUCUGGUCUGCCCUCAGCAAAAUGGUGUGUGUGCGUAGGUCAUGGAUGUAUUAAUAGAGCUGGGUACGGCGUGUCAGAGUCAGCCCCUGGCUGCCAAACCGCAAUCCUCUGGUCCUAGAAACCAUUUUGUCCACCGCAGAAAAGUGCUGACGUCACAAGGGUCACUUAUCACUACUUGUUAUUGAGCUCUCUCUCUCUCGGUGCACGCUGGGUAAGCGCCUUUCAUUUGGAAUAACUGUGCCUAGAUUAACUACAGCACCAACACCUAUCAACUGCACUUUAAUCUCGACAGCCGUCUGCCCGUCACUCGUCUCCUCCAGCUUGUGGCUGAAGAAGGAAGAUUUUUGUGUUUGAGCGUCUGAAUUUAAAUGUUUGUCCCAGAAUUCGAUUUCCUGUCGCCUCUGCUGACGUGUGUCUGUAAAGUUAAAUAAACUGGAAUCAGAUUUUUUAAACUAAACCUCCCCCCGUCACCUCUCAGACUCUCCUUAUAAAUUCAGCCUUGUGUCUUUUUAAAAUCAGUUUCUAAAAUACGGUGUACGUGAAUUAAGCUAUUUAUUUGAAGUUAUUAGUUAUCAGUGUUGGGACUCUCUUGGCCCUCAGAAAGCUCAAACCAGAGGUGUGGACAAGUUGGACAAAAAACAAAAAACAGGCUGUCAUCCUGAUACCGGUUUCUACAACUGAACACGAACUCUGAUCUGCACUCAACACUCAGACAUAACUUACUUAGAAAAGUUGACAUCGCAUCUGCAGUGCAGAUAAGACUUUAACACUUCACUCAAGAGGAAAUCAACAUUUUGUUUCUUUCAUUCACUCGGGAGUGUUCAGUUGAAGUAAACGGUGUCAGUAUAUCAGCCUGUAGCCCAGGUUUGCCAAACUCUCCCAUUUCCUGACCGGAGCCUUACAGAAUAAUCCAUCAAAAAGAGGCUUGAUCUGCCGGCUUACCUUGGAAACUGCUAGUUGUUACUGCCAGACAUAAACUCAUUUCACAAAUUAAAAACCUGGUAUUUUUGGCUGGAUCUGCAUGCAAACUGAAAAUCUGGUAUUUAACCCCGUGUGGCCAUAAACUCUGAUGUUUGGAUCAAACUGGGUUAAACGCUGGAUUUGCUUGAAGCAGAGUAGUUUUGGUAAGUUAGGUCCUUUCUGUUGAGAUUUGAAUCUGCAGGUAUUAAGUGUGUAUUCUCCUGAAGUACUGUUUGUUGUGUAAGAACUUCUACAUAUCACUGGAUGAAUGAGGAAUAAAGUUCAUGUGACUUUA